UGCUGACGUGAUUCUAACAGUGCGCUAACACGGCGGCGCGGUUCUAUAUGUGCUAACGUGAUGCUAACAAUGCGCCAACACAGCGGCACGGUGCUACAUGUGCUAACGUGAUGCUAACAGUGCGCUAACGCGGCGGCGCGGUGCGGUUGUGUCCCCAGAGCAGAGGGAGGCGGAGCAGGAGGACGGCAGGGAGAGCCAGGAGAAGGGAGAGGAAUCCCCCAUCGCCUGCAGUGACAACAUCCAUCUCUAUGACAACCAGAGCAUCCCCGGACCAGACCCAGAUGACUCAGGCUGUGUGUUACUGAACACUUCCAGAAGGUAUGUGACCCUGAUGAACUUGAGGAGGAGGUGCGGGCCCACCCGGGACCUGGACGGGUUCCUGGCGCGGGCCAGCAUCCUGCUGGACGAGACGGCGGCGUCCCUGGACGACGUGCUGCAGCGCAUGCUGGCCCACGUGGCGCAGGCCCACACCGCCGAGCCCGGCUGCAGCUUCGAGGAGGUGAUGAGCAUGCUGUUCACCGACGCCGGAGCGCAGGAAGUCAGCGUCCACCUGUUGUCCGAGACCAUCCAGGGGGUGACGGCCACGGCCACCGGGGUCCAGUACCAGCAGUCCUGGCUCUGCAUCCUGUGCAACGUGAAGACCCUGCAGCGGCGCCAUGUCUGCAUCUCCCGUCUGGAGCGGCCGCAGAACUGGGGGGAGAACUCCUGCGAGGUCCGCUACGUCAUCCUCAUCCUGGCGCCGCUCAAGACGAAAAGCACUAAGACGUCCAUGGAGCUGGGCCGGACCUUCGCCACCCUGUUCUCAGACAUCUCCUUCAGGCAGAAGCUGCUGGACACCAAGACCCAGGAGGAGUUCAAGGAGGCGCUGGUCUUCCAGAGACACCAGCUGACCGCCUCCAACCAGCAGCCCACCGCCCUGGGGGAGGAGGAGACGGACCCCCGGAGCAACAAGCCCCUCAUGUUUAAAGACUUCUUCCGAGCCGGCCGAGGGAUCUAUGAGGACCUGUGUCGCCGACUGCCCUUCUACCCUUCAGACUUCACAGACGGUGUGGUGGGAAGCAACAAGACUCUGCUGAAGUACAUGACGACGGCCAUCUUCCUGUACAUCGCCAUCCUGCUGCCGGCCAUCGCCUUCGGCUCGCUCAACGACGAGAGCACCCGCGGAGAGAUCGACGUGAAGAAGACCAUGAUAGGCCAGAGCAUCGGCGGAGUGAUCUACUCUCUGUUCGCCGGAUCCCCCCUGGUCAUCCCCCUCACCACCGCCCCCCUGGCCAUCUUCAUCACCGUGAUCCGGGGGAUCUGUGAUGACUACGACCUGGACUUCCCAGCGUUCUACGCGUGCAUCGGUCUGUGGAACAGCCUCUUCCUCAUCCUGGGAGGCAUCUUCAACCUCAGCCUCCUCAUGAAGCUCUUCAAGAGGUCUACAGAGGAGGUCAUCGCUCUCUUCAUCUCCAUCGCCUUCGUGGUGGACGCGGUCAAAGGCACCGUGAAAAUAUUUCACCGGUACUACAGCGCGCCAACGCUCUCUAACGGGACCAUGGCGGCCUUCCCCCCCCGCCAAGGCCAACUGGGCUCCGCGGCGCCUAGCAACGCCAGCGGCGCGGUGACGGCGGCCAUGGAGUACACGGCCCUCCCCGAGUCCAUCAUCCACUGCACCCGCGAGAGGCCCCUGCUGUGUCUGCUGCUGAUGCUGGGAACGCUCUGGAUGGGCUACACCCUGUACCAGUUCAAGAGGAGUCCGUUCCUGCAUGCCAAAGUGAGGGAGGUUCUGUCGGACUGCGCUCUGCCCAUCUCCGUCCUGGUGUUCUCCUUCAUCGGCUCCUACGUCUUCAACGACAUCGAGUUGCCGGUGUUUAAGGUCCACGACCGGCCGAUCUUCCGGGUGGCUCCGUUCGAGCGUCUGUCGGUGCUGAACGUGAUCAGCGCCAUGGGCCUGGGCUUCCUGCUGGCCGUGCUCAUCUUCAUCGACCAGAACAUCGUGGUGUCGCUCACCAACGCUCCGGAGAACAGGCUGCUGAAGGGGACGGCCUACCACUGGGACCUGAUGCUGUCGGGCCUCAUCAACAUCCUGAUGUCGGUGCUGGGGUUGCCGUGGAUGCACGCUGCCUUCCCCCACUCCACGCUGCACGUGCGCCAGCUGGCCUUCGUGGAGCAACGUGUGGAGGGGGGGCACCUCUAUGAGACCAUCGUCCAGGUGAAGGAGACCCGGCUCACCUCUCUGGUCGCUAACAUCUUCAUCGGCAUGUCGGUGCUGCUGCUGCCCGUCCCACUGCAGUGGAUCCCCAAGCCCGUCCUCUACGGCCUGUUCCUCUACAUCGCCCUCACCUCCAUCGACGGCAACCAGAUGUGCGACCGCAUGGCCCUGCUGCUCAAGGAACAGACGUCCUACCCCCCCACCCACUACAUCCGCAAGGUUCCCCAGAGGAAGGUGCACUACUUCACCUUCCUGCAGAUGAUGCAGCUGGGGGUGCUGUGCACCUUCGGCAUGUACCCCAUCCCCUACAUGAAGAUGAUCUUUCCCCUGCUCAUGAUCAUGCUCAUCCCCAUCAGGAAUAACGUGCUUCCUCAUGUCAUCGAGGCUAAAUACCUGGACAUCAUGGACGCCCAACACAUGUAGCUACCAGCGAAGACAAGCUAACGUUCCUCUGAGAAGAAAAACACAGAAGAGUAUUUUUCAAAUGCAAAACUGAAAGGUAGCAAAAAAAGAGAAAGUACUGACUGAUUUAUUUUGUACCGGAGAGGAGCACUGUUAAAAGCACUGGAACGGUGGGUCAACACGAGGUCGUAGCCAUGACAACUGUUUAACCGGCGAGGACGGACUCCCAUUUUUCUUGCGAAAAGGAAGAAAAAUAUAAUAAAUAAUUUCAACAACGGUUUUUAUCAGAUGAGGACCUUCCCAGGAAUCCGUUUAGGUAUGUUUUCGUUUUGGACCGUGUCAACAAUUUUUAGUGUUAUAGCCACCUCUGCUGUUUACUGGUUAACAUUGUAGUGACCAUAUUCAAGUCACAUAGCCAUGUGAGGACCGUACAUCCUGGGGACCUUCGUCUUUAGGGGACCCUACCCCUCUGGGGACCGGAGUCUUUAAAGGACCCUAGCAUUCUGGGGACCCUCGUCUAUAAGGGACCCCAGCAUUCUGGGGACCCUCGUCUUUAAGGGACCCUAGCAUUCUGGGGACCUGAUAGGAAUAGUUAGGAACCCAGGUAUAUACUGUUAUGUGCUUAAAACAGUUCCGCUAAAGAAACCGCGUGCUUGCAUGAGUCUAACAACACAAUGUAACGCAAAAACUAAACAAAACUGUGUUAUCGUCGUGCCUACAAUACUUAUUUUCCACUGUGUAGUUCCUAUUGACAAAGACGCAGGCUAGCACACGGGAAUACGGUCACUUUACAAAAAAGUAUUACCAUGGCUCACUUUGUCAUUGUGCUAACCUGGGUUUGCCGUGUUAAAAACAAACAUUUAUUUACGUUGUGUUUGGCUGCUAGAGCGCUGCGCUGUGUGGAGCAUAUUGUUUUUUUCCGAGUCAUUCCGAAGGUGUUAAUGUUAAUGGGAACGGGAAGAGGGCGAGGCUUCGCAGAGACCAACCUUCUCUACUCUCCUCCCACCGAUCUGCCAGCUCUUUAAAGAGACACUGCUCUGAACGUCGAGUCGCAGGGACAGCACCCCCUUGUGGUCAAACAGAUAUUGCCGUAACUGUGUCUGAUUGCGGCUUAAGGCCGAUAUAUGCUCUGUUUUAGACGUAACGCGUAAGCACGUAAGAUACAUAACCCCCCCUUGCGCGGUAAAAUACCCCCCCUUACGUGCUUAAGUGCGUCGCCCAAAAUUCCUGACUAUGCGACUAAAACACUACGGCCCUACGCAGCUCGCAAAGACUGUGAUUGGCCAGCUAACCACAUCAUUUCAGGAGUCUCACAUUUCCGGUUUUACAGCAACCUUAACAUCGUUCAGAGUGUGGAAAAAGACCACUAACCUAAACUUAGCUACUGCUACUCUCGUCGAAAAUACUGGAAGUGCAUAAAUAUAAACAAGCCAGCGAUUUCCACUUCCACGCCCACAGAUUCGUUCGUUGCUCCCCCUACUGUUCUGGCGGAGAAUCCCCUUGCAACACGCGCAAUCCUUAAGGAACCGUAAAGGAACCGUAAAUCAAAACUUGUACACAAGUCCCUUGUGUAAAUUACGUGCUUACGUCUCUGCGUCUAAAACGACCCUAAAUCGGCCUUUAGCUAAUAUGAACCAAUUAGAAAAUAGAAUUGCAGUAACCCGAGUUUGACCACAGGGGGGCGCCACCCCUGCGGUUUAAUCAAAGUGCUACUGUCCCUCUUUAAAAACCAACUCAUGCCAAAUAAUAACUGCACUCCACAGAGAUACACAAUGUUGUUGUUAUUUCACAUGACAGCACAAACCAAAACAUAGUUAACGUUUAAUAUAAUCAUUAAAUAAAGUUAUAUUAGGGCAAUAUACAAAAAAUAUUUGAAGGGAAAUUGAAAAAGAGUAUUUAUUUGUGUGUUUCCAGGCGACUGGAAGGUGUGUUUCCAGUAAGCUGUUGUACAUUCCAUGACCACUGAGUCCUGUUCCGUCUCUGUGUUCUGUUUUGUUUUCCCUUCUGCGUUAGUACUAGCGUCUCUGUUCCCCGCGGUCCGCAAGGAGUGCGCCCAACACCGUGUUGAAGUCUGAAAAUGUUUUAGUGAAGCUAGCCAGGAACCUGUGUUUAAAGAGUUUUAAUAUAAUCUGUUCUGGGUUUCUUAUGUUGGUGUUAUGGUUAGACCAAUGCUUGCUGAUGUUGUCAUGUACUCCAGAACACCUGGAAAAAUGAUCCUGUAUGGAAAUAUUGAGAAAAAAUAGAAAAUAUACAAAAAAAUGUUUGAAUCCUUAGCACUGUUUUUGAUGCUCUGUAUUGUUAAGAAGACCGAAACCUAACAGCAUGAUCAAUCAACAGUUCUCAUAUAGUGUGCUGCAGUGGACAUGCAUCCAAAACACACACACACACACACACACACACACACACACACACACACACACACACACACACACACACACACACACACACACACACACACACACACACACACACACACACACACACACACACACACACACACACACACACAAGUGCAUACAUUCGAUAAAAAAAUGUCCCACUUCUUAACAAACCAAAUGCAGUGAGACGUUCAGCAAUACUUUGUAGAAACAACCUCUCUGGGGUUACUUUUGUCACUGGGGUAACAAUGGUAACUGGGGCAACUAGGGUAACUAUGGUGAUUGGGGUAAUGAUGGUAACUAGGGUAGCUACGGUAGCUGGGGGAAACUAUGGUAACUGGGGUAACUAAGGUAACCAUGGUAACUACGUCACUGUGUUAACUGGUAAAUACGGUAGCUGUGGUUAUGUUUGGAUACUAUGUGAACUGGGGUUACUAUGGUAACUACGGUAGCUUCCGGUAACUAUGGUAGCUAUGUUAACGGCUAAAAAUUGUAACAGGGGUAACUAUGGUAACUACGGAAACUGGGGUGACUUUUUUGGUGUGCAACAGAACACGUUCGAUAUAUAAUCACAUACUAAUGUUCCACCCUUCUUUGCCCGCUCGAGGCGUUCAGACAAAGAAACUAUUUUCUCACAGUUCAGUUGGUUUCUCUAAAUUCAACGGCAGCUCACUCCAGUUGUACAGAGAGUUACUCAGAGUAUAGAUAUGAGUAUACAGUGCUCAGAGUAUAGAUAGAGUAUACCGAACUCAGAGUAUAGAUAGAGUAUACAGAACUCCGACACUACUCAGAGCAUACUGAGUAUAGACAGUACUCAGACACUCUGCUCAGAGUACAGAGAGAGCAGACAGAACUCAUACUUUACUCAGAGUAUACGGUGUAGAGUAUACAGGCGAGAGAGGUGCGGCAAGAGUAUUAAAAAUCAAAUAACUUAAAGCCAGCACUGGCGAGAGAGAGACAGAGAGAGAGAGACGGAGAGUGUGUGAGGUAUGAAGAAAUAUGUACAGUUUGCAAUGCAAAGUAUAGUUUUUAUGGACUGUCCUUAUAACCCCAUGGCAAGGCCGUUAGCUUGUAACUUAAAGACUUUGCUCUUACGUGACAGUAUUGUCGUCAUUCUCAGUAUCUCCGAAGUUCUCCUCAAUCCGAGUGAAAGGUUGUCGUCGUUCCCUGAUUUUCCCAGUCGAUGGUUUGUUUGAAAACGCGUAUUGUGUUCAUAUAGCCCUACUUUUUCUAUUCAUGAAUGUACAAUGUGUGGAUUUUUAUAUAGCAUACUAAUUUAGUUGUGGAACAGAACUGUACUUUUGUCAAAAAGAUCAGCUAUAUUUGUAAGCUGUACCAUGUAAAGAUAAGAAAUGUUUAUUAAACAGAAUGUGUUGGUUUACUAUAGUAUAGAUAUAUACUGUACACUGAAAAGAGACUAUCUCAAGCUGUUGGCCAAAUAAAGAGUAGUAGUGAUGUACA